AUGGCCUCAACACCGAAGUCCAACAUCCUAGUAGUAGGAUUCGGGGGAAUAGGCACCAUGACCGCAUACAAUCUUGAAGCAAGCGGCCUCGCCACAGUGACCGGUGUGCUCCGCUCCAAUUAUGAACUCGCCAACGAGCGCGGAUUCAAGAUCUGGUCCUGCGACCACGGCCAGAUCAACAGUUGGAGACCUACAUCUAUCACAAAAGAAGUCCCGUACGUCAGGGCAGGCACAACCCCCUUCGACUACGUCGUCGUCUGCACCAAGAACAUUCCCGACAUCCCGCCCACCGUCGCCGAAAUCAUUGCCCCCGCAGUCUCGCCGCGCCACACGUCCAUCGUACUCGUGCAAAACGGGAUCAACAUCGAGAAGCCUAUCAUCGCGGCCUUUCCCAACAACGUCGUGAUCUCCGGUAUAUCACGCAUGAACUCGUCGGAGCUGCGACCCGGCGAGAUCUUCCACCAGGACCACGACACCCUGAUCAUCGGCGCAUUCCGCAACCCCAAUUUAUCCAUUGAAGUCGAACAUAGAGCCGCAGAGCGCUUCACAGAGCUGUACAACGCCUCCGGCAAAGCGACGGGCGAGUACAGCAAAGACGUGCAAUUCAUGCGCUGGCGCAAGCUCGUCUACAACGCCUCGUAUAACUCGCUCUGCGCAAUAACGGGGAUGGACACAUCCAAGCUCAGACUUACGGGCUCCGCUGUGACAGAACUUCUUCUGCCGGUUAUGCUGGAGGUGAAGAGUGUUGCUAGGGCGGCGGGGUACCAGCUUGCGGCUGAUCAAGAGGAUGUCUCGCUGAAUGGGGACCCGCUAGAUGGGUACUUCCGGCCGAGCAUGCAGCAGGAUAUUGAGAAGGGGAAUUACAUGGAGAUGGAGGUUAUUGUUGGGGAGGCUGUUAGGGAGGGGCAGAGGCUCGGGGUGCCGGUGCCGAUGUUGACGACGGUUUAUUCGCUUUUGAAGGUGUUGCAGUUUAGAACGAAGGUCAAUAGGGGGCUCGUGGAGUUGCCUCCCAUUAAGGAUUUCGGGGCAGGAGAUUUGAUGAGAAGGUCGUGA